AAGAGGAGGACGAGGGGAGGGGGAAGCUGCCUGAUACCCUGAGUGCCUGGGAUGGGAGUCUUGGGGAGAUUGACUCGCUCACACACUGGCUGGUUGAGGUGCAGUGAGAGUGAGUGAGUGUGCCAGAGUGGAGCAGCGUGACAUGAGCAGGCUUGAGUGUUGGAUGACAGACUGACAGCUUCACUUGUAGGGCGUCUGUGAGUGUGUGAGUGUGUGAGCGCCUCGAGUCGACCGCCAGCCACCAUGAGCAAACUUUUGGGCAGCUACGUGUCUAACAAGAGGAGACAGGCACAGGACUAUCUUGAGUCAUGGCAGUCAACGGUGUACUCCAUGGUGGUGUUCAGCGCCACCAUGGUUGUCAUCUUCUGGGCCAGCGUCUUCCUCUACACCUCCUUCUACUUCACCUUCAUGCCGCAGGAGUCCAUCACCUGGCCCAUCCACUUCCAGUUCAGGUCGUGUGAGAAAGAGCCGGGCAUCUGCAGCAACCCCAGUGCAGUGAUCCCUGUGCUGGACCCCAUGCGAGGCUCCCUGUUGGUGCGGGGACAGAAGUACCGAGUGGUGGUGGACUUGGAGAUGCCUGAGUCGCCCGUCAACCAGCGGAUAGGUAAUGCAGGUGUAUCAUUAAGACCAGGAAUGUUUCUACUGAACAUGGAGAUGAAGAACCAAGGAGGGGAGACACUGAGGCAGUCGUCCCGCUCUGCAAUGCUCCGCUACAAAUCCGAACUACUACACAUCAUCUCCACCACUGUGUUUGCCCCUCUGCUGCUCUACGGCCUGCAGGAGGAGAAGCAAGUGGUCACAGUGGAGCUCUUCUCUCAAUACGAGGAGGAUCCGCUGCUUCCACUGUCAGAAGUCCACAUAGAGCUUGCCUCUCGUCACGUGGAGCUGUAUGCGGCCCAGAUGAGGAUCCACGCUACCUUCUCUGGGCUGCGCUACUUCAUGUACAACUACCCGCUGAGUGCUGCUGCUGUGGGUGUUGGAAUCUGCAUGGUCUUCCUCUCUGCUGUUGUCAUCCUCAGCUGGUACCAGUUUUCAGGGCCCACACUCUCUCCUGUUCAGGCAUCAAGGGGUAUGGUGUCCUUCCCUAAUGGCAGUGCCCCAAUCAUCAGCACACACAUCGCCUCACCACCAGUCAAGAAGGUGGUGGAGGAUAAAGACAAGGAUGAUGGUGGCAGUGGUGGUGGUGGUGGUGGUGGUGGUGCUCCCAGCUCAAGGGUGCUUAAGAUUGAACCAGAUGAGAAGAGUGCCAAGGGUGAAGAUAAAAAGGUACCCAGUGACUCCCAGAGCAAUCAAAUGAGCCAAGACUCCCCUGCUGGUGAGAAGCCUGGCGACCGAGAAGACUUUGAGAUUGUGAGUUCCUCUAGACCACAGGCAGGAGUGACACUGAAGGAGGAGGAGGAAGAAGAGGGAUUCCCAGGCCCAAAGAGAAGCACAAGCAGUGAGGAGGAGAGUGUGGUGCGCCAGAGAGUCCAGACUAUCUCUUAGGCCGCGUGGUGCAAGACUGUGGCCGGACGUGGUGCUGAGACAGACUUGAGUGCCUUGUGUGUGCUUUGUGAGUCAGGUAGUCAUGAUGUACAGACUGUGACAUAUGUGCCUUGUUUCCACAGUUGGCAGGUUGCGGUUUGUCUGGGUCGUCUUGUAUGAGAGUGCCAGCCUGGUGUGUAGGUAGAUAGGUGAUGGUCAGGGUGGGUCAUGUUAGGGCUGAGGCAUUGAUCUUUUCUCAUACUAAGUUGAUUUCAGUGUUAGAAUUGGUGUUGGUAAUUUCAGGACAGAUAUUAACCCUUUCAGUACCGGGAUGCAAUUUUACCAUGAGUUUUGUGCAUGAUUAGACGAUUUUAUUGACAUUAGCAAGGUUCAAUGGGGGUCGGAGGAUUAAUGGCCAGUCUUCACUAUUUUAAUCCCUCACAUAAGUUUCUGAAGCUGUAUGAAUUGAUGAAAUGGUAACCAGAAUGAAUAUGGAAAAGUGUCAUAAUAUUGAAGAGGUUAAUAUUCAUCUGCCUUGUUUAUUAUCAAGUUAGCAGGUGUGAGGGUCAGGGGUGUAUAGUAUAAGGGGUCUAGCAUCAAGUCCCUCUCAUGUCUUUGUUUACUCAGUUUGCAGGCGGUUUGUAGAAGUGAUGCGUAAACAAAGAACUCGAACAAACACAGACACUCCAUACUGUUGAAGAUUAUUACUAGACUACACAAAAUAAAUAUGGGACAGGAAGUUAGUAGAAGCAAUGCAUCAACAAAGGACUUGAACAAACACAGGCACUCCAUGAUAUUGUAGAGUAUUACUAGAUCACACAAGUUAAUGAUCGGACAGUUCAGUGGUGGAGUACAUAUUUGUGUGAUGGCUGGUGUGAUAUACUUAAUCACUUCAGGAAUAAAAUAUAAGUCCAGGCCAGUGCUGUAGCUACCGAACAUUUCCUCACGUAACUAAUUAUUAGACGAACAUUCCAUUUUGUGUCGGUGAAUGAGGAGAGAUCGGUCAUUGUGGUGUGUUACUAGUCAAGGGAAGGAGACUCAGCUUUACUCAAUUUUGUACUUAAAUGUGGUUAGGUUAACUUAAGAUUGGCCAAAGAAACAGUGUGGCUGCCUUCCCUGCUGUCUCGUCUCUGGUGUUAAUGGUCGCUGUUGCAAUAAUUUAAAAGAAAUUAAAUAUUCCCUCUUGUCGUUACUAGUGUGUGUUUUGAGUGAGUUUGGUUAGGUUAAGCUGGUUUUCCGCUUUGCUUAAUCAUCCGCUGAGAAAAAUGAUUGGUGAAGACACAAGGCAGGGCUGGAGGGUGUAGUGGUGCAGGCAGAGCUUCAGGUGUGUGGCUGCCCUCUGUAACAGCUGGCCUCACUAUGCUCAGCUGUGCCCUACUGACUCAGCUUCACAAUUUAUUAUAGUCAUUCUGUUUAAUUACAUUUUUCUUUGUUAUUUUCAUUAUAUUUUUAUGAUUUCCUGUUUUUUUUUUUUUUUUUUUUAGAUUGUUUUGUUUUAAAUAAUAGUUUAUGCAACUUUUGUUUGAAUUUAUUGUAAUUAUUAUUCUCUGUUCUUCAUCUGUCAUUCUUCCUUCAUUGUUUUAAUGUGUGUGUGUGUGUGUGUGUGUGUGUGUGUGUGUGUGUGUGUGUGUGUGUGUGUGUGUGUGUGUGUGUGUGUGUGUGUGUGUGUGUGUGUGUGUGUGUGUUGAUGGUUUGGUUUCUAGUGUUGCAGCGUUAGAUAUUGAGCUGCUCUCACCAUUUCCUGUGAUGCAUUGCUUGUGGUUAUUCUAAGUUUCAUAGCAGGUUGUAUCUUCUAACUAAGGUCAGGCUUGAGUUGUGCAUUUUUGAUAAGUGUUUCAUUCUGAGGGAAGCCUUGUAGGAAAUGUGAAGAAAACACACACACACACACACACACACACACACACACACACACACACACACACACACACACACACACACACACACACACACACACAC